GAAGCCCCUCGGGUCAUGCUAUGGCCGCAGCGGGGGUCUGGUACGUGAUGGUAACUGCGCUUCUUUCCAUCGCAACAGAAAAACGAUGCCCACCUUUGCUUUACAGACUGUUGCAGGUGGGACUGUGGGCCCUCAUGGUCCUGGUGGUGCUGGUGGUCUGCAUGUCCAGGGUCUUCAUGGCAGCUCACUUUCCCCAUCAGGUAGUUGCAGGAGUCGUCACAGGACUUCUUGUAGCUGAGAUGGUUUCCAAACAGAAGUGGAUCUACAGCGCCAGCCUGAGCGAGUACCUGAUCAUCACCACCUUCCUGACGCUCUUCGCCGUCGGCUUCUACGUCCUGCUGAAAGCCAUGGGCGUGGACCUGCUCUGGACUCUGGACAAAGCCCAGAAAUGGUGCGUCAGGCCCGAGUGGGUCCACCUGGACACCACGCCGUUUGCGAGCCUCCUGCGUAACAUGGGCAGCCUGUCCGGACUCGGACUGGGCCUGCACGCGCCGAUCCACCACAGCGCCAGGACCGGGGGUUCCACUUUCAAGCUAGGGUGCAUCAUCACCUCUUUGUUCCUGUUGCAUCUGCUGGACGACUGGACAUUUGCCUCUGAGAACCAGCUGACUUUUUAUGUUUUAUCUUUUGGGAAGAGUGCUGUUGCACUUUUAAUCCCGACCACUCUGGUUCCCUGGGUUCUCUGCAGGAUUUGCAAGAGAAGAGGAGAUGAAAAAACCUUGUGACUUAGAUCUUACUUAACUAAAGUAAAACACUAAUUUUAACUUUUUUCCCCAAAUUUAUUUAAUCUGGCAAAUCAGCACUAUAAGUAAAUCCAAUUAUUAUCAUUUUUUAUUGUUAUUGGGGGUUUUUUGUUUUUGUUUUUUAUUUUUGGCUGUACAAAUAUUUUUUCUUUCCUCACAAAGCACUUCCUACGGAGCCCGCAAGGGGACGUGGGGAGAUUUUUUUCCUUUUGCAUUCCCACGCGUUAUUGCGUUACCUUGCAAUAAUAUUGCGUUACCUCGCAAUACUUUUGCGUUAUCUCGCAAAAUUGUUUUGCGUUCCCACGCAAAAAAUUGUUUUGUACACGAACYGAAUUAAAUCAGACUUUUAUUUUGAAAUAUCCGGUUACCAAAACAGGAU